CGUCAAGGGGAGCAGCGCCGCGGUCUCGGAGGCGUUUUCGCCAGCGGAUAAAUACCCGGACUUCGAAACACCAAGAAUAACGCAAGCCAGAGGGCGGCCCUGGCCUCCAGUUCCCGAAAAGCCCGCCGCGAAUACUGACCGCGGGCUUUUUGCCGGGAGGGGCCGACAACAAGGGGUCACAAGCUCAAUGUCCGAGAUUCAGCAGCCCCGAAGGUCUCCCAGCCUUUGCUCCGCACACCUAUGUCCCCCCACCUCUGCGCCCUCCCGAACCCCAAAUUCGGCCUCAGAGGCCAGACUGCAGGUCAGAUAGAAGGACUCUACACUCUGAGAAGGAAAGACGCUCACGAGAAGGGGAUCGUGAGCAGCCCGUCCCCGCACCUCUCCAAACCGCCAAGGAGACUGACCUUCCUCCUCUUGUUUCAGCAGCCAGGAAAUUGGGGACGUUUAUGGCGACCCGGGAAGAAGGCUCGCAGGCCAGGAGAAUAUGUCGCCCUUGAGGCUCCCUUCUCUCUACCCUUCCCUUACAUAUGCACAUCCGAGCCCCUCACCAGCGGUCGCAGCCCGGCUGCUGACACCCUCCGCCCACCGGGCUGUCCAGACACCCAAAGACCCCAGUUUCUCCUAAACACCUCCCCCCACCUCCAUUCGGAGCAGCAACCCCCCCCGUCAAUGCGGAAAUGUACCCGCCGCGCAGACCGACGGCUCCAGCCACCAAUCAGGAGCCCAGACGGACGCGAGGCCUGGCCAAUGAGAGUUACAGAGGUGUCAGGGGGCGGGGCACGAGCGGCACGAGGGAGCCCGGCGAACGUGGGCGCGGAGCCUGAUUCCCGGAUUCCAAGCGUCGGAGCCGAACCUGAUUCCCGGGUUCGAAGGGUGGGAGCCGCACCUGGUUCGGCGAUGAGGCAACGGAUGUCACCGCAGUAAAACUCCCAGCCUUUCACAGACACUUCCGCAAGGGAGAGAACUUGAGGCACGAGUGGUUAUUUUUGCAGUCGGUAAAAAUGUUCCCGCUUACCAGGGGUUGAAGAAACUCGGACGCCUGAAGCGGGCGUUCCCUGCUUGGCACUGCCCAAGCCAUUCUCAGACAUUAAAGCCACUCACCACUUUGGUCUGGGGCGGAUGAUGCCAAAAGAAUGCCUAACUGACACAGGUCCUGCUAUCCCCCAGCCAAGGACAUGCGAUUGAAAUAGUCAAAUCAGAGUGGAUCCUGGGACUUGUGAAGGAGCAGCAGGGAAAAGACUGUUAAUCUACUUGAAUCUGAGUGGAUGUGUGCCUGAAGCUGCUGGACCCUUGCACAGAGCCUGAGAGUGAAGGAACACAGCAGAAGGCUGAGAGAGGGUGAAAGGAAAUAGGCUCGAUGAUAUUGUUUGAACCCUUUACCUGAGCCCCACCUUCUUUUGUCUACCCAUGGACUUUUCAAGUACAUAGGCCAAUAAAUUCCUUUUUUUAUUUG